AUGGCUGCCGAUGGAGGAUGCGGCGGAACGGUGGAGCAGUACCGGGCGGAGGUGGAGAGGCUCACCCAGGAACUAGCGGAGGCGAACCGGGAGAAGAUCCGGGCUGCAGAAUGUGGUCUGGUUGUGUUGGAGGAGAAUCAGACGCUGAAGCAGCAGUAUGCCGAUCUGGAGUCCGAGCAGGAGACCCUGAGGAGGGAGUUGGAACAAUUGCAAGAGGCAUUUGGCCAGGCAUACUCCAACCAGCGCAAGGUGGCGGAGGAUGGAGAGACAAAUGAGGAGACGUUGCUGCAAGAGUCAGCCUCGAAGGAGGCCUACUAUAUGGGCCGUCUGCUGGAGCUGCAGACGGAGCUGAAGCUGAGUCAGUCUGUGGCCUCCAAUGCCCAGUCAGAGAAUGAGAGGCUCAAUGCCAUCUUGCAGGAGCUACGAGAGAGCAAUGAGACGCUGGAGCUUCAGAGGAGCAGGAUGAGGGAGGAGAUCAAGGAGUACAAGUUCAGAGAGACCAGGCUGCUGCAAGACUACACAGAGCUGGAGGAGGAGAACAUCACCCUGCAGAAACUGGUCUCUACGCUCAAACAGAACCAAGUGGAGUAUGAGGGGCUGAAACAUGAGAUCAAGGUGCUGGAGGAGGAGACAGUUCUCCUCAACAGCCAGCUGGAAGACGCGCUACGUCUGAAAGACAUCUCCGAGGGCCAAUUAGAGGAGGCACUGGACGCGCUGAAGAGUGAACGUGAGCAGAAGAAUAAUCUGAGAAAGGAACUGGCCCACCAUAUCAGCCUGAGUGACAGCGUCUACGGAGCAGGGGCCCAUCUGGCACUCACCGUCACUGGCGUUGAGGGCCUCAAAUUUCCUGACGAGACCAGUGCAGCAAAUGGAACCAAUGGCAGUGCCAUGCCUAUCACCCACAGCAACAAUGAGGACAGCAACCGAUGCAACGGACACCUUCAUGGAGGUACAGGACUUGCCAAGAUGAACGGGGACUACAGACCAGGACGGAAAGGGGAGGGUCUGCUCCCCGUGUCGGACCUGUUCAGUGAGCUCAACCUGUCGGAGAUUCAGAAGCUCAAACAGCAGCUCCUACAGGUGGAGCGUGAGAAGGCAGCGCUGCUUAUGAACCUGCAAGAGUCUCAGACCCAGCUGCAGCACACACAGGGUGCCCUGACCGAGCAGCAUGAGCGCAUCCACCGCCUCACCGAGCAUGUCAACGCCAUGAAGCGGCUCCAUGGAGACAAAGAGCUCGAUGACCCACAGGAGAGUGAGAAGCCCGACGGAGGUUUCCCAUCACCACCUGCCAAUGGCUGCCAUGACUACAGUCCAGAUAUCCAGGGGUUCGAGAUCCUGGAGUGUAAGUACAAGGUGGCAGUGACGGAGGUGAUUGACCUGAAAGCAGAACUGAAGGCCCUGAAGGAGAAGUACAACCAGGCUGUGGAGGGGCAGGGAGAGGAGCGAAGCCACAGUGACGACAGGGUCCAGACACUGGAGGAACAGAUGACCCACCUGGAACGUUGCUGCCGUGAAGCCCGUGAGAAGGUAACGUGCCUCGAGGCAGAUCUCCGUGCAGCCAUGAGCAUGGCCACAGAGAGUCAUGGCAUGCUGAACGCAGCACAGGAUGAGCUGGUGACCUUCAGUGAGGAGCUGGCACAGCUCUACCACCACGUCUGCAUGUGCAACAAUGAGACCCCCAACCGAGUCAUGCUGGACUACUACCGCCAGAGCCGGGGCACGCGCAGCGGCAGCCUGAAGGGAUCCGAUGACCCCCGUGCCCUACUCUCACCACGCCUGGCACGGCGCCUGGCAGCAGCUUCAGCAGCCAUCUCCUCCGAGUCCCCGCGCAGCCCCAUGGACUCGCCCUCCAAAGACUCCCAGCUCAACGAGACAACAACACCCAGCACAGGGGGCAGGGAAUCCCCAGUCCUCCAGGGCAGUCCCACCCGAAACCUCAUGGGCUCCCCGUUAAUCAGCGUCUCACCGUCGCCAUCCCCAGUGCCCUCUGAGGUGGGUGGGGACCUUCGCAAGGAGCCCAUGAACAUCUACAACCUGAAUGCCAUCAUCAGAGACCAGAUCAAACACCUCCAGAGGGCUGUUGACCGCUCCCUGCAGCUGUCCAGGCAGAGGGCUGCAGCCAGGGAACUGGCCCCUGUGCUCGACAAGGACAAAGAGUCAUGUAUGGAGGAGAUACUCAAGCUCAAGUCUCUCCUCAGUACGAAGAGAGAGCAAAUAGCCACACUGAGGCUAGUGCUCAAGGCUAACAAACAGACUGCGGAGGUAGCUCUGGCUAAUCUGAAGAGCAAGUAUGAAAACGAGAAGUCCAUGGUGACAGAGACCAUGAUGAAGCUGAGGAAUGAGCUAAAGGCCCUUAAAGAAGACGCUGCCACCUUCUCUUCUCUCAGGGCCAUGUUUGCUACCAGAUGUGACGAGUAUGUCACCCAGCUGGAUGAGAUGCAGAGGCAGUUGGCUGCUGCAGAGGAUGAGAAGAAGACUUUGAACUCUCUCCUCCGCAUGGCCAUCCAACAAAAGCUGGCCUUGACGCAGCGCUUAGAGGACCUGGAGUUUGACCAUGAGCAGAUCCACCGUGGCCGUGGUGCCAAAGUGCCCAAGAUCAAGAGUAGCCCGCCCAAAAUUGUCAGCAGCCUGCUGCCUCAGUAUCGUCACUCUCCCCACAACUAA